UAUCAUCUUGUAAUUUAGUAUGAUUUUAAGUCUCACACGUUAAUCAUACUGCUUUUCUUAUUUUAUUUUGGAUAAAAUUAAGGUUUAGCUUAAGAAGUUUAGGAUAACUUUGGUUUCAUAUCUAGCAGACUGUCCACCAAUCUUAGCAUUAUUAAUAAAUUAAUAAUGGGAUUGCUAGCAACAUGUUGCAAUUCUCACAUAACAUAGAUAGAUCCAGAAACGAAAUUAACUAUCUCAAUUCGUUGUCAAUAAUAUGUUUCCAUUUCUCUUUGUUGUUCUCCUCUCCCUGUCAUGGAGAACUAAUGCUUCAGCUCUGCCUGUUCAGGAAUUUCUUCAUUGCCUUUCCCUUCGUUCUCAGAACUCUUCUAUUGCAAAACUGGUUUACACACAAAAUAAUUCAUCAUACUCCUCUGUUUUGAAGUCAGCUGCUCAAAAUUUCAGGUUCACAACACCAUCUACGCCUACACCUUUGGCCAUUGUAACACCACUGCAUGCGUCCCACAUCCAAGCCACAGUUUAUUGUUGCAGAAAGCAUGGACUUCAAGUCAGGACUCGGAGUGGGGGUCAUGACUUUGAGGGUCUUUCUUAUACUUCAGCUUAUAAAGUUCCGUUUGUUGUGAUCGAUUUGGUGAAUCUUCGAUCGGUUCGGGUUAACGUUGAAAAAGCUACAGCAUGGGUUGAAUCUGGUGCAACUGUUGGUGAACUGUACGAUGAAAUUGCUCGGAAAAGUAAAACUCUUGCCUUUCCAGCUGGUGUUUGCCCCACCCUGGGUGUCGCUGGACAUUUGAGUGGAGGAGGCUAUGGCUUAUUGUUUCGAAAAUAUGGACUUGGUGCAGAUAAUGUAAUCGAUGCUCGUUUAAUUGAUGUUAAAGGGAGAAUUCUUGAUAAAAAAUCGAUGGGAGAAGAUUUGUUUUGGGCCAUUCGUGGAGGUGGUGGUGGUACCUUUGGGAUAGUCCUUGCUUGGAAAUUGAAAUUGGUCGCAGUUCCAGCUAAUGUUACUGUUUUUACAGUGAGGAAAACGUUAGAGCAAAAUGCGACCAAACUUGUUCAUCGGUGGCAGUCUAUUGCGCACAAGUUUCCCAAAGAAAUGUACCCGAGCAUUGCCAUAGCAAGGGUGAAUUCAAGUGAAGAUGAGGAGAAGAUGACAAUUCAAGCAAGUUUUACUUCCGUGUUUCUUGGAAGCAUUGAGGAGCUUAUUCCAUUGAUGGAAGAGAAAUUCCCUGAACUUGGACUAGUGAAAGAAGAUUGCUUGGAGAUGAGUUGGGCUGAAUCUAAUCUCUACUCUUUCCUAUAUAUACUCAGAUCACCAUCGGAAACUUUACUUAAUAGGAAUCAAAAGUCAUCUAUUUCAAAAACAUUCUUCAAAGCAAAAUCUGACUUCGUAAAACAGCCCAUUCCUGAAUCGGCAUUUGAAGGAUUGUGGUCCAAAUUCUACGAGGAUGAAGCAAAAUCUGCAAGUAUGCUAUUUGUGGCUUUUGGAGGCAAAAUGGAUGAGAUUCUCGAGACCGAAUAUCCAUAUCCUCACAGAGCUGGUAACCUCUACAUCAUCUUAUACACAGUAGAUUGGGAAGAAAAGGAAAAUAUAAACUCUGAAAAGUUCAUGAGUUGGAUGCGGAGAGUUUACAAUUACAUGACUCCAUACGUUUCAAAAUCUCCGCGAGAAGCAUAUAUUAAUUACAGAGAUCUUGACAUUGGGACGAACCAAAUUAACAACAGCAAGAGAAGCUAUGCAAAAGCUAGAGUUUGGGGUGUUAAAUAUUUUAAGAACAACUUCAAUAGGUUAGUGAAAGUAAAGACAAUAGUAGAUCCACAAAACUUCUUCAGACAUGAACAAAGCAUCCCUCCUCUUUUGUUAUUGUGGAAACGGAGCGACCUUAAAAAUCACUUAAGCUCAUAGAAUU